ACGAUGGAGCCAUGAAAUUAAAAAAAAAACAUUUCAAACUAAAAAAAAUUGUUUUGUUUGUUGUUGUUGCUUGGAUGCUAGCUAGACAAAAUAUUAAGGGAUAACUAUUAAAAUAAAGUGGUGUGGUAUCAAUUUUCCAUGUUCCUGUUAGUACCAUUCAUUAUCAAAGAGACUGCUCAGAGAUAAAAUUGGUUUCCAAUGGCAGACUUUGUGCCUGAACCUAAAAAAAUUGGGGUAUGGGCAGAAGGCACCCACAUCGAAGCAAAAGAAUAUGUUAUACCUAAAAAAUCUCCAGAUUCCAGUGACGAUAUACCUACAAUACCUGACCUGGAUGAUUUGCAGGACAUGUUUGAAAAGGAAAUCUCUAUGCCACCUCCACCAGACCAUAAAGACAAAGAAACAGUGAAUGCCCUGUCGGAAGUAGGCGGAGGGCUGAGUGGCUCCGCAGAUGGUAUAGAUGCAGUUUUAGCAGUCCUAAACACAUACAUACCUCAGGUGGAAGACGACACUGCAGACUCUGUAUGGACAGUGGACACCUUGCUGACGCAGCUGGCUGAUGAAGCCAAUGAAUCUUGACUGAACCUGCAUAGAUAUAGGCUCGGUUUUUUUUAACCUAUUCUGUCCCACUGCUGGGCAAAAGGA